UUCUUAACUUUUGAAAUUCUUAACUGUUGUAAACAAGAACAUAAGUAGUGUACUUUUUUCAGUGUGGUGGCUUGUAAUAAAGGGAACGGAACCUGGGGGCUCGUCGUGGACACGUGACUCGGUGUUUGCCGCCAGCUGCCGCUUCGCGUCACUUUUACAUUAGAAACUGACGAUUUACGGCAGCUUCCUGUGUACUGGUCGAAGGGGCUGAACCAGAGUUUUAAACAGAACCGAACGAGGCCUGUCCCCCAAGUGUGGUCCAAAAAAUCAAAGCGAACCUGGUCCGGAGGACAAAGCAGACCCAGCGGGCCGAACCGGUCCGGGUUUGGUGAAGAAUCUCUGAGCAAAACCACUGUUGUGUGCGCGUGCGUCUUUCGCAUUGGUGCUCUGUGCUUUCCCAAAGCUGAGUCCGGUCCGGAUUGGACCGGCACGGAGUAUGGACCUUCUACCUGAGGGAUCCAGAACCGCUGCGAGCACGGUGAAGCGCUGGGUGGAGCCGUCCUUCAUUGAGCUGUCAGGAGGAAGCUUUGACCCGUUAUUUCAGUCCAAAGCUGACACGAAGAGGCCAAGGAAGCGGAAAGGGGCGACCUUCAACUCUCCACGGUUGGAGUGCGGUCGCGGGGCGCAGGAUGAGUCGUGGGUGGACAGGUAUUCGCCGCAGUCGCUGGCUGAACUUGCCGUCCACAAGAAGAAGGUGGAAGAAGUGCAGACCUGGAUGAACGCUCACAGGUCCAAGGGCGGCAUUCUGAUUCUGACUGGACCGUCCGGCAGCGGGAAGACGGCCACGGUCCGGGUUCUGUGUCAGGAGCUGGGCUUCAAAGUUCAGGAGUGGACCAACCCCUCAAAUGUGGAACCAUACAGCAGCUGGCAGACCGCUGACUGGAGGAUUGAUGGGCUCUCCUACACCUCCCAGGUGACGCAGUUCCGGGAGUUCCUCCUCCGAGCCUACAAGUACAGCUGCCUGAACAUGGCUGGAGAUGGAGGAGCUGCAGACAGCAAGCUCAUCCUGGUGGAGGAUUUUCCCAACCAGUUCUAUCGGGAGCCCAGCAGCCUGCACGAGCUCCUGAGGCGCUUUGUGAGGGUCGCUCGCUGCCCCCUGGUGUUCGUCGUGUCAGAGUCCGUAAGUGGAGACGGCAGCGUACGCUCGCUUUUCCCUCGAGAGAUCCAGGAGGAGCUUCACAUCAGCUGCAUCAGCUUUAACCCCGUGGCUCCCACCUCCAUGAUGAAGGUCCUGGGAAGCAUCUCAGCCCAAGAGGCGGUGAAGAGCGGCGGCCGGACGAGCGUCCCGGUCCAGGCAGAGCUGGAGGCUCUGUGCUCGGGGAGCGCCGGCGAUGUGCGCAGUGCCAUCAACAGUCUGCAGUUCUUCUGUCUGCUAGGCUCCUCUGUGAACUCAGGAGUGUCCAGAACCAAAAAGGACAGACCGGCACCAGGAAGGAGAGGAGGCUCCAGGAGCAACCAGAAGACGAAGAAGACGAAGCCUGUGAAGGAUCAGGAGGAGGAGCAAGCCAUUGGAGGGAAAGACGCAGCUCUGUUCCUGUUCAGAGCUCUGGGGAAAAUCCUGCACUGCAAACGAGGCGGUCACGAGGCGGUUCCGAGUCCCGCCUUACCGCCUCACCUGCUGCAUCACUUCAGAGAGGAUCUGCUGGUGGAGCCAGAGGCGGUUGUGGAGCGCUCACACGUGUCUGCAGAGAUGUUCAACCUUUACCUGCAUCAGAACUACCUGGACUUCUUCUCUGAGGUGGAGGACGUGGAGAGAGCCAGCGAGUACCUGUCAGAUGCCGACCUGCUGACUGCUGAUUGGACGAACCGCAUCAUCAUGAGAGAUUACAGUUCUUCAGUGGCCGUCAGGGGGAUCCUGCACUCCCACUCCCACCAGGUCUCUGUGGGAUUUAGACCCCUACACAAACCCGACUGGCUACGGGUCAGCACCAAGCAUCGGGAAAACUGCCUGACAGCGCGUCAUCUCUUCAGAGACUUCUGUCUUCCUGCAGCCUGCCUGCAGGUGGAGUUGCUGCCAUACCUGGCCAAGCUCACCAACCCCAUGAGGAACCACACACAGAUCACCUUUAUCCAGGAAGUGGGUCAGAUGCCACUGAGGAAACACCCUUCCAGGCUGAAGUUAGAGACACUGACAGAUAAAGAGACGGCCCCGGAGGAGGAAGAUGAGAAAGAAGAUGGAGGUCUGGAAGAAGGUCAGGACCAAACUGAGGAGGCUCUGACAGCCAGUCAGCCCAAACCGACCACCAGCCGAGCUCUUCUGGAGGACGAGGAAGUGACAAUAGAAGAGUAUUCCAGUGACUGACUGUGGGCCUGCUGGUCUGGACUGGUCCUGACUGAGAACUCUGAGUGUUCACAGACAGUCAACCUGUGUGGUUGGAGCGUAGCAGUAGUGCUGGCCCUGUGCAGCUGCGCUGCUAAGUCGGCGUUCGGCCCGGCUCUCUUCCAUCACGUCAGACAUGGAGAACCCCUGAUGGAAAUGUUCUCUGCUCUGACGCUCUUUCUUCUGCAGGUUUCUCCACAAGCUUUCAGCUCUGCAGUUCACCACAUUGGUGUGUAGCUGGUAAUUCCUGAGGAACUCGAUGCUUCCUCAGAGAUGUGGUUGUUCAGAAAGUUCAAUAAAAAGUUCGACUGUU